UCGAAAAAUGUGGAUGAAUCUACCAACUUUUGAUUUCAACGUAUACAUCUUCAACGUCACCAAUUCAGCGGAGGUGCUGGAAGGACGCAAACCUGUUUUGGACCAAAUAGGCCCUUAUUGUUACAAAGAAGUAAAAGACAAACUGAACCUACAGGAGGACGCCUCCACUGACACAAUAACGUACAGCGCUCGCACCACGUGGACGGCUAGUCAAACAGACGAGAACUGCCCCUCACCUCACCUAACUGGAGACGAGGUGGUAGUGACCCCCAACGUACCCUUGCUAGCCACUCUCAUGCUUGCAGAGAAGGAUUUCCCCCUACCAUUUCUAAUCCUGGUGAAUCGAGUUCUCCCUUCAAUCUUUGGUGGAACCAGUGACAUCUUCCUGCGGACCACGGCAAGAUCGUUACUAUUUGAUGGAAUUCUCAUCGAUUGCUCAUCUGCAGAACUGUUGGCACGUUCUGUCUGCAAUAGUAUAAAGAAAAACUCCAGAGCACUCAAGGAAAUUCGGAGAGACGUAUACUCUUUUUCGUUUUUUGGAGCUAAGAAUGGUACCCCUGAGUGGUUCCGUUAUACGGUCAAGCGAGGCGUAAGGAAUACCGAGGAGGUGGGACGUCUUGUAGCCAUUGAUGGCAAACCUGAGAUGACGUUUUGGCGCGAUGCCUGUAACCAAAUACAAGGAACAGAUUCUACAGUCUUCCCGCCCUUUCGGCUGAAAGAAAAUGGAAGUCUUGUUGCAUAUUCCAGUGAUAUUUGCAGAGUAAUAUUUGGCGUGUACGAAGGAACAUACGACUAUAAAGGAGUGCAAGGAUACGCGUUUUCUGCUACCUUCGGUAACACCGAUCUAAAUCCUGGUGACCGCUGCUUCUGUCCCACAGACGACCGAUGUUACAAGAAAGGAACAUUGGAUGCUUUCAAGUGCCAGGGUGCUCCUCUUGUUACGUCACUGCCCCAUUUCUACCAGGCCAGCUCUGACUACGUGACAGGGGUGCAAGGACUUCGCCCUGAUAAGGACAAACACGGAAUUUCUAUCGUACUGGAACCGACAAGCGGUGUUCCAUUACUCGUCAAGAAGCGGUUGCAGAUGAAUAUAGAUUUGAGACCUUUCGCUUUUACUCCAAACUCUCAAAACUUAGAGCGUACUCUUGUCCCUCUUUUCUGGGCUGAAGAGUUGCUGGAGCUGGAUGAAGAAUUGAUGAACCAGUUAGACUCAUCCUUGUUCCUGCCAGAGAGGUUAAGCCGAGCCGCUACCUGGACCAGUAUCGCCACCGGUUCCUGCCUGAUGUUGCUUGCCGCAGUUCUCAAACUCCGCCGGUACCGACAGGACAGGGUGCACGACAUAGGUGAGGACGCGGGGAGAGACGACGGCUACGAAGAGGACUGGAGGAACAGAGUCAAAUACAAGCUCCCCAGAGCUGGCUUACAGGACACGAUACCCUCUGCCAUCCUGAACAUCAGACCUUAUCAGCAGAACAUGUCUGCAGGAUAUCGAAAACCUAUUAAGGAAGUUAUGGCAGGAUUGUCAGCUGCUGAUUUAAUGAAGAACGUCUCAAAGUUGUCUUCAGAUUUUCAGAGAAUAUCAACACAUCGUCACCGAUAG